AUGGCGCUGGCUGACAUUGACAGCAGCGAAGCGCAGGUGCGUGUGAACUCGGAUCCUGAGCGCUCAGGGCUCUGGCUGCUGACGAGCUUCAUCAACCACUCCUGCUGUCCCAAUGUCCAGCGUGUGCUCCUGCACGACCGCAUGGUGGUACGGGCCGCCCGGGAUCUCCAUGCGGGUGAGGAGCUUGUCGACAGCUAUGUGCAGGUCCUCCAGCCCCUGCGGCGUCGCCGCACAGAGCUAGAGCGCUCAUACCGUUUCUGUUGCAACUGCCAUCGCUGCGUCCUGGAGUUGGAGGUCCUGGAUGGCCAGCAGGUGCAGGGGCUUCUCGACCGCUCUGCCGCGGCGGCUGCGAGGCCCUCCUCCAAUGGCGAGCCUGAAUGGCGCCUCAUUGAGGCGGCCGAGGCGCAGGUGGCAGCCGCGUUGGCAGGUGGAGACUACACGUGGGCUGGCACCAAAGGCGGCAUGCAGGAGCUUCUCCUUGCCAGCUUUGCGCCGGCUAUGCGCUCUUUGGCCCUUGCUCUGCAAAAUGGAUUCGCAGCCCAAUCAGCCAGGUCACACGUGGCACUGCGUGUUUGGCAGCGCUUCCGCGAUGUUGUGGCGGCAGUGCUACCAGGUUCCGAGGUCCUCUGUGCCGUGAGCAGCUCCUUGCUCUGCAUGGCUCUCCUCCUCCGGGGAAGCCCCAGCGCUUGCCGACAUGAGCUGGCCCAGGCGCUCUGGGCCUGCCACCAGGCCUAUGGCGGCGGGAUCAAGGUGUGGCAGGUCUGGCACAGGAAGCUGUUCCCACCAGCCGCGUUGCGGGCAGCGGAGGCAGUGUGGCAGGAGGAAGUGUCCAGGUUCACGCUCAGAUCUACGCAGAGUGUGGACACUGUGGACCUUGACACAAUGGACUGA